CCCCUCUACCGCCCAUCUGUCGCUAGCCAAGGGGUGUUCAACCCCUACAAGUGGCAGUGUGCAAUGUCACGGCAACAUAGACGAUCAGAGUGUCUCAGCAGGUCCUAUUGUUGUUGACUAUUGUAAAAAAUAUCACGCAGUGUCACAUAUUUCCUCGGUUUUCGCGCGUUGUUUAAAAUUUUUGUCGAAUACGUAACACAUAUAUACCAGCAAUUUAAGGAAAUAGUGCAUUGUACAUAAUUGUAAUUGUAAUCUAUUUGAUAAUUAAAGUAUAACAUACUGAUAAUAAUCCUCUCAUAAACAAAUGAUACCUACAAUUCUGAUCGGUUUAUUCGUCGGAUUUUGUAAUGGUUUACGUGGACCUCAUCAUCCACGAAGUCCUGUCUCUCAUCAUCAUUACGUCCCCCAGAAAGAUGUUAAAAUAACGCAAGAUGCACAACUACUACAGGAUGCUACCCACUUAAAAGAGGACAUAGGAUCAAUGGCGGAUCAAUUGGACUUUUCGAACAUGACUGAACAAGAAAUCGAAUUCCAUUACUUCAAGGUUCAUGAUAUCGACAAUAAUGCUAAAUUGGACGGAUUAGAAAUUCUCUAUGCGAUUCAACAUACGUUUCACGAGAACAGACUCGCCAAUGCUGAACGUGAAAGUUCGAGUGAAAAUACCAGAACUAUGAAUUACGAAGAUGAUUUGCCUUGGAUCGUAGAACUUGUAGACAGAGUACUGAGGGAAGAUGACUUAGAUCAUGAUGGAUACCUUGGAUAUAUUGAGUAUGUACUUGGAAGACAAAGAGAUCACAUUGCUCAAGCAAAACGGAAUAACAAAUUGGAGAAUUAAAAGAGCAUCUAGUACAACGCCUCUGGCCGAUGAAAUAAUUAUAGAAUUCUGUAUAACAUAUAAAUUUAUGUCAAAAACAUACGAGAAACAAGAUCUUUUGUUUCUUUCUAAUUAAUUGAUUUGUAACAAUUGUCUUCAACUGAAAUGUACAAAAACUGUAAUUUUUAAUACAAUCCAUUUUAAUCUGCAAAA